GGGGGCCUUCCUUGACGGCGGCCUGGGGCAGCUAGCUCGGUGCGACGAACAACAGCGGGAGCAGCAGCAGCACAAGGGGAGGUAGAAACACCAGUCAGCAGCCGAUGAGCCAUGGGCGGACAGGCUUGAAGCGAGUGGGCUACCAGGCGGUCCUCAGGAACGAACAGGAGCAUGAUCGCUGCGGCUGCUCGAGUGUGGAGGUGGAGGUAGACGAGAGGCAGGUAGGUGCAGGUGGUAGAGGAGGGACAAGGGUCGUGAACAGAGUUUCCGCCUACGGCGCUGUGAGAACGACCCCCCUCGCAUUGUGCAUUGAGGAGGGCGUUAGUCGAUGUUUAGACUUCCCCACAAGACCGGCGUGGAUUCUGUAUGUACGGGAAUCCAAGUCCCAAGAUAUCCCCGACUGGCUGCACAAAAAGACUCGACCCCUGCCGGCUCCUCCCCUCGCGGCUGGGUGGCCCUGGUUUUCCCUGGUCUGGUCGAGAGGACGACUUAGCCUUGUCCCAUAUGCCGGCCGUUUUAGAAGCCAUCCUCGUGCGUCAGAUUGGUCCGUUGUCGAUCAUGGCGUAAGAUGCCCGUCUGAACCACUCCAUGAUGAUCUGCACAGGGGACUGUCCGGGCCAGGGCUACAUCUGUGCAGAGCACCUCCGUGGGCCUGCGUGGAGAAUAAGAUACAAAGGUACGGUGGAGGUGCGGAAGGGUGUGAGGGAGGGUGUGAGGUUGAGGGUAAGGGUGUGCGUGGCCGGCAAAGACCCCCAUUUUGCGGCCCAUCCAAUCCUCUGGAGGACGUCGAGCAUUUUUCGAUCGUGCGCGCGCGGGAGGGAACGAAGAGGCACCUGGGGCGCAGCAGCUGCGAGGAUCUGCAAGCUGAGACCCCGAGAUGGGGCGUGAAACUUCUCUUGGGAAGACAUGUUUGACCAUUUUCUGGAGGGGAAGGGGGUGACAUGUCUUCUGUAACCGGAUUGGCAUC